AUGGUUGCAGCUGCAGAAUCCCAUUUCUUACUUGAAAUAUUCACUGAAAUCUGUUUCACGCUGUUUGUAAUGCCUCGAUGUUUAAGUGCUGAGGAAUUAUUGGAUGUAUUCAACUCUCUUGAUGGAAAUGGAGAUGGUGUUGUUAGUAGACAAGAACUUACUACACGACUUGUAAGAGUAGGGGUAUCUAUGACAAGAGUUGAAGAAGUAAUGCAUCAGUUAGACAUGAAUAAUGACGGCUUUAUCACGCUUGAAGAAUAUAAAACAGCUUUAGGACUAACUAAGGAACCUACAGCUGAAUGGACUUAUUUUGGAGUUUGAUACAGUUUAAAAUGUAAUUUCUCGGAAAUAGUUAUGGGGAAGCUUUGUCAAAACUAUGCUUCGAAGAUGGAUAAACUACAAUCUGAAAGGCAGAUCAGAACCAAGAGGAAAGUAUUAGACAGACCUUGGUAAGCAAAACAUAUCUCCUGUUUGUCAUUACGUGGUAUCUGAAGUUCUAUAAAAAGUCAACUGGAACAUUUCUGCGAGGUGUAUUCAUUGUACUUCCAUCCGGAAGUAAUUCCAGUUACAUUGUCAACUGCCAAAUAGUUGAUUCUUUCUAAUUAAUAAAUUCUGCUUUCCAAGAAGAGCAGCUGUUCAGAAAAAGAUUACUUUGAUACCAUUAGCCUGAUUCUCAGUACAUUACUUCGAAAAUGUUUCAAUUCUAGUUUUAAGUCACUGGAAAAAAUAAUGAGCAAGCUUCUCGAGUUCUUUAUUUAGUCAUCAGAUAUCUUGGUUACUAUUCUCUUUCUUUGGGAUUUCUUUCCUAUAUUACGAACAUAAAAGCUUCUCAAAUGACUGCCUAUGAGUCAUCGCAGG